GUGUCUAACUAUGUCUUCUGCUACAGCCUCAUCAGCAUACGCCUUGGAGAGCACAACCUCAAAGGUGUGGACUGGACAGAGCAGCUGAGAUUGCCCUGCAAAUUAAUCCGUCAUCCCGACUACAAGCCCCGAUCCAAAGACAACGAUAUCAUGCUGGUCAAGCUGUGCAGGCCAGUUCAAAUCAACAAAAAUGUCCAGCCCCUUGCACUUGCUGCCAGCUGCCCUGUUCCAGGCAUGGUCUGUCAGGUGUCGGGAUGGGGUACUACCACCAGCCCAGGAGUAAGCUACCCAAACAUCCUCCAGUGUGCCAAUCUCACCAUCAUUCGCCCAGAGGUGUGCCACGUCAUCUACCCCAACCUUUUCAACCAAAACACAGUGUGUGCCAGCGGGGGUAAGGUGGAUGCAUGCCAGGGUGAUUCUGGAGGACCUCUGGUCUGCAAUGGGAAGCUCCAAGGCAUUGUUUCCUGGGGACCUCAGGUCUGCGGGGACCCCAACUAUCCCGGUGUCUAUACCAGUGUCUGCAGGUUCAAGAAGUGGAUUGAGGACACCAUAAGGAACAACUGAUGCCCUACCCAACAUCCCCCA